UAGCCGUUACGUAAUUUUCAUUCAAAACUCGAGCACCAUAUUGACCUUCACAAUCUUUAACAUUCUUGCUUCAUCGACUUCUCUAUUUUCUUUUCUUUCUAAAAACACAAAUUCCCAUUGAAUUGAAUCGAAACCCAUCAUGGCAUCAGCACCCAAGUUUUCUUCUUCUCCAUGUAAAAUGAACCCUAAUUUGAAAAAAGCUGAAACCCACGAUCCUAUGAGAAGAAGUUUCAGUGGAAAUCCUUUUACUAAGCCAUCUGUCAUCACUAAUCGCAAAGCAUUUAACCCAAAAACUCCGGCUAACAGUCCUUCAGGUUUUCCUCGAAGGCAUUCCACUGGCCGGGAAAGUGUAGCUUCUUUGCGUGAUCCCGACAAGGAAAACAGUAGAGACCAGAAUCUCAAACCGACAAGAGUCAAAUCGCCUGCUCUUUCGAAGGGUGCGAAGAAUUUCAUGUCACCAACAAUCUCUGCUGCUUCAAAGAUCAAUGCAUCACCAAGAAAGCAAAUCUUGGUUGAGAGAAAUGAGCCAGCUCGAUCUUCUGUUUCGUUCUCUGAUGUAAAGAGCCUAAUCAUGGGAGAUAACGGUGCAACAACGCCGGAGGUUGCUCUGAAGCAGAAGAAGGUCUCAUUCUCUGAUGUUAGAAGCGUUAUCACGGAAGAUAUUGAGUCAACACAGGAGAUUGGUUCGAACCAGAAGAAGGUUUCGUUUUCUGAUAAAAGCAUAAUCAUUGAAGAUACUGAGUCAACCCCAGAGAUUAGCUUAAACCAGAAGGUGCCAUUCGCUGGUACCGAAUCAACUCCAUGGGGUUUGACUCAUGAACACGAGGAACCUUUGAAAAGCAAGGCAGAAUUUGAUCACAAGGAGUCCGAAAACGAUUCUGAUUCGGUUCCGAAGACUGUUGCAGAAGAAAAGGAUUCAGUUAAUGUGGAUCCCAGCUUCAAGAUUAGUCCUAGAGCUUCAAUCUCACCUUCUUGUCCUGUUUUGGCACCACUUGAUUCUGAUCCAUUGGUGCUUCCUUAUGACCCUAAAACCAACUACCUUUCUCCAAGGCCUCAGUUUCUUCACUAUAGACCAAACCCUCGAAUUGAGCUUUAUCGGGAAAGAGACAGCCAGCAGCUCGAUGAACUCUUUGCAUCGGAAAGCCAUUCAGACACUGAUGUUACUGCAGAAACACCGACAGAAGGUUUGCAAAGAGAUUUGGAGGAGAUUUCUUCAGAGGAAACGGUGAAUGAAGGAGGAGAAGAGGGGCGUAAUGUAUCUGAACCAAACCAGAGGUUGAAGGCUAACAGAACGUUAAAAUCACGUUGUUCAACCGGAUCAAAGUUCAUUACUUUGCUUCUGUUUCUGUGUUUUGCUUGCUUUUCAGUUCUAGUGGUUAAGUCUCCGGCCUUUACUAAUGGAAUGGAAGAAAUAAGCCUAUCAAAUUUUCAGGUGCCGCCGGAAGUUAGAGAGUUUGCAAAAGCCAAUCUUGAUCGUAUCACUCAAAAUCUACAGCACUGGUCAGCUAGCUUCUUGUCUUACAUUUCCGACAUUGUUUCCAGUUCAAGAGAAGUGCACAAACUGGGUUCCUUCCAGUAUGCUAAUUUGAGUCAUUUGAUAGAAGAUCGUAUGAUUGAGGGACACCUAAAGUUUGAUCCCAGUGUAAUGGAGCCUGUAAGUGAGAGAGAUGCUGGAACUGAACUAUUUGAUAACAAGCAUUACCGAGAGAUUGAAGCAGAUGAUGCAGUAGACGAAGAUGAUGGUGAACAAGACGAUCAAGAGAACGAAGCUUUUGAAACCACGGAACUAGUUUCAGAAGGACCUGAUGAAGUACAGCAAGGAAUUGAGGUUGAGAUGAUUGAACUAGAUCAUUUAGAGACAGAGGAGAGCAAAGGUGUUGAAUUUGCUGUUGAGAUGCAAGCUGAACUUCAGAGCAAUGUGGACACUGAAAACCAGCAAAGUGUGAUCUCACCGCAGGCUAGUGUAAUUCAACAUGAUGGCUUGAACAAUGAGGGACACCUAAAGUUUGAUCCCAGUGUAAUGGAGCCUGUAAGUGAGAGAGAUGCUGGAACUGAACUAUUUGAUAACAAGCAUUACCGAGAGAUUGAAGCAGAUGAUGCAGUAGACGAAGAUGAUGGUGAACAAGACGAUCAAGAGAACGAAGCUUUUGAAACCACGGAACUAGUUUCAGAAGGACCUGAUGAAGUACAGCAAGGAAUUGAGGUUGAGAUGAUUGAACUAGAUCAUUUAGAGACAGAGGAGAGCAAAGGUGUUGAAUUUGCUGUUGAGAUGCAAGCUGAACUUCAGAGCAAUGUGGACACUGAAAACCAGCAAAGUGUGAUCUCACCGCAGGCUAGUGUAAUUCAACAUGAUGGCUUGAACAAUGUGGACACUGAACCGCAGGGUGAUGGCUUGAACAACAUCGCUGAAACCUUCUUCCAUGAAGAAGAGAAGUCUGAGAAUCUCAAAACCGAAGAUUUGGCUAACAACUUUCAAAGUUCUGUAGCUGUAGAUUUUACGAUUAAUGGACAAGAAGAAGACCAAUUUCUCACAAAUAAUAAUAUGAUGGGGUUUUCUCUACUUGUCUUGUGUCUAUUAGCAGCUUCAGCUUUCAUCUACACAAAGAGAGGAAAGCCUUCCACACCAAAUGCGUCAGUGCCCAUGGAACAACCCAUGCCAUGCAAGAAAUCAGAAUACAGUCCAGUGUCAGUUAGCUCCAAGGAUACAAUCCUUGAAAAGAUACCCUCCAAGAAUUGGGAGACAGAACUAGAUAUAGCUAACGAGUUGUACCCAUCAGAAAUGAGUAGCUACGAGAGGACCUCAUCUUCUUACAGCAACAAAGGACUCAAGGAAUCAAAUCAAUAUCAGAUCCAAGAAAGGAAGACUAGAAAAACUUACAGGAGAGAAUCUCUUGCUUCAUCAGAUUACUCUACAGGUUCACCUUCCUACGGCAGUUUUACCACAUUAGAGAAGAGACCUAGCAAGCAUGGUGGAGGAGUAGAAGAAGAGAUAGUUACUCCAGUUAGGCGUUCCAGCAGAAUCAGAAACCAAGUUACAUCUCCGUGACGAUUGACAAGUUACAUCUUAUGUGUGUAACAGUAGCACUACUGUGCAAUUCUAAUGUGAAUGAACCACUGUUGUUGGAUGCAGACAUUAGAUUAGGACUUAAUUGUACUAUUAUUCAUUGUUCUUUUCAUAACUUUGAAUAGCACUCUUAGCUUUCAAUUCCUUUUUUUCUUCACAGUUCCUUAGGUUCUGGUUGCUUGGUUGAGAAGUAUGAGAUCAAAUGAAAGUUAAUUCCAGUA